AUGAUUCCCAAUAUGUCGACGGGUAUCAUCGAGCCCAAAGAUGGUGGGCAUGACAGUGAUCUCACUAGGCACGACAGUGCUACCUUCGACGAGAAACAUGACCCCCACGCCGCUCAACAUGUCGAUGCGGCGAACUCCAAGGUCUUGGCAGACUCGGAUCUCAUGAACGAUGCUUUCGAGGGCGAGAAUGAGGAGCACGGCCAGGGGUUGUGGCAGGCUGUCAAGACACACCCCAAGGCCUGUUUCUGGGCCUUCAUUAUGUGCUUCACUAUUGUUAUGGAAUCGUUCGAUAUGUUCUUGAACGGCAACUUUGUCGCACAAAGAGCCUUCCAGCAAAGAUACGGAGUCGACGUUGGCGGUGGUGAAAAGGCCAUCGAGACCAAAUGGCAGAGUGCCCUCUUCCAAGCCGGCCAAUGUGGUGCAUUCGUUGGUGUAUUCUUGGCCGGACCCGUUGUGAACAAGUUCGGCUACCGCCUGACCACAAUGUUCGCCCUCAUCCUCAUGAACGCAACCAUUUUCGUCUCCUUUUUUGCCAACUCUCUCGAAGUGCUCACUGUUGGUCAAGCUCUGGAAGGCAUUCCUUGGGGAUUCUUCAUCGCCAUUGGUCCCGCUUACGCCUCCGAGAUUGUCCCUCUCGCUCUUCGUGGUGCUUGCACGGCUACCUUGCAAAUGAGUUGGUCCAUUGGCUCCAUUGUGGUUGCCGGUGCCACUCUGGGCUACAACAAGCGCAUGGAUGAAUGGGCUUGGCGAGCGCCUCUUGCUCUGCAGUGGAUGUUUCCCACCCCGCUCAUGGUUAUUCUCUGGUUCGCCCCCGAAUCACCGUGGUGGCUCAUUCGCCGUGGGCGUAAGGAUGAGGCGCUGCGUUCUGUCAAGCGCCUUGGGCCCUCUGGGGCUACGGCUGAGCAAGCUACGAGGAAGCUUGCUAUGAUUGAGCGUACUGUUGAGAUUGAGUCUCAGAUGGGCGGUACCCCUACUCUGCUGGACUUGUUCAAGGGUGUUGAUCUGAGGCGAACCGCCAUCACUUGCUUGAUGUACGCCUCGCAGAACUUUGCUGGUAACUUGAUUGCCAACCAAGCGACCUUCUUCUUUGAGCAAGCCGGCAUGUCUCACGACCGCGCCUUCGACCUGAACCUCAUCAACUCUUGCCUCCAGUUCUUCGCCAACGGUCUGUCGUGGCCCUUGACCGCUUGGUUUGGUCGCAGAACUAUCUACCUUUGGGGUACCGCCGUUAAUGUCACACUGCUCAUUAUUCUCGGUGUCUGCGCCUCCAUCAAGCAGAGCGACGCCACCAACUACGCACAAGCUGUCCUCGGCAUUCUGAUCUCCUUCGUCUUCGCCGGGGCCAUGGGACCGAUCUCAUACACCAUCAUUGCCGAGACGUCCGCUGUCAGACUCCGUGCUCUCAGCACCGCUGUGGGCCGUGCUGCCUACUACGUUGCCGAGAUCCCCAUGAUCUACUUGGCAUCGCAGCUUCUCAACCCCACCGGCUGGAACGUUGCAGGCAAGUGCGGUUACGUAUGGGGAGGAACUGCUCUUAUCUGCUGGAUCACUGCCUACUUCGGCCUUCCUGAGCUCAAGCACCGCUCUUACCGUGAGACAGAUAUCUUGUUCAACCGCAAAAUCUCUGCCAGGAAGUUCAAGACUACUGUCAUCAAGGUUACGGACAACGAGUAA